AUGUCGUUCGGACAGGCCUCCUCUUAUGAUGACCAGGACUCUGACGAGAUGUCCAGGGAAGGCGAUGAGCAUGCUGCUCUGCGCACGGAUGUUGACGAGUUUCCGAUAGUAGCAACACUCUCGGAAUCUCAGGAUGUCGGCUUCACUCAAGGAAAUGACGUGGGCUCGAGCGAUGCGGGUAUCUCCGCCUUCACCGCCGUAUCUCAAUACCCGAACGCUUUCGACGACGACUCGAAUGCUCUCGCCGUCUCGGAAGUCGUUAACGCCGUCAUCGGGCGGGAAGAGUAUCUUCGGGGAGAGGGGAGGCACGUCCGAGCUGCAUCAGUCGGCCGCUCGUCGUCCCCACCAGCGGAUCUGUAUAUGUCUGAUUCAGAAACAACUGAUGUUCUUGGUCAUCAAGGUGGAGUGCCUAUCGGACCGUACAUGACCAGUGGCAGAAUGGCCAUGGACAGUAUCCUGGCGAACGAUCCAACCCUGGGACACCAUUUUUCUGCCAUUCCCGAAGAAAGCGACGAGGACGAUGUGGGCGAUUUGAUUAUGGAUUACGAGUCACCAAUGCCGCGAGAUGGGUUUAGCGUCUCCGACCAUGAGGAGGAUCCCGACGAUACGCAAAAGUUUUAUCUGGAUCAUGACGAUGACUAUUACCAAGAGCACAUGGACCGUCCGCGGACGCGCGAAGCUACCGCGCAACUCGCCGAUGUCGACUUUAACGAUUUCUACCGAGCGUUCGACUAUGAUCCGCUUCCAAUGGUGAUGGAAGCAGCCCCUGUCGGUAAUCACGGCGAUCACAACAAUUUUCCAGAAGGUGACGCGAUAGGAGGGGUCCCAGGAAUAGACGCCCACCUUCCUGCAUCUGUAAUCCACGGCACGACUCACGAACGGAAUCUCAAUAUCGAUCAGUUUAUCAACCAGUGGCUCCUGGAAUCGACCACGCGCUCAACACCUAGUCUUCCGCUGAUAUCCAGGUUGCUACCGCCGUACCCAUUGUCCAGGAUUCUCGGAUGGACGCCGCCGGAGAAGAUUAUCCGGCCGAACAACUACAACAGAGACUUCUACGAUAUUCAACAGAUCCCUUGGUGGGAAGCCCUACGCGUAAAGCGGUCGGAUGCACGUGAACUACGAGACCUCUGGUAUACGUCGUAUCACAACGUGGACUAUCCGCAUCAUCAGACGGACGGCAAACUUCCGCAAGAAGAGUUCUAUUUUCGAGAGAAAUCGAUGCACACUAAACAUCGUGCCUCUAUCGAACACUUCCAGCUGCGGAAUUUGAUGUCUGUCCCGGCAUACAACACGGUCCAUUUCUCACACGAGUCGAAGGUCUACUCGUGGGUUCCGGCGCAUGAGGACCUGAGUUGCUUGAUUGACCUGUCCAAACCGCCAAUUAAUUCUGGAUUCCGCGGCCCUGUCAAAAUUUCGACCAUGAAAUCUGCGCACAAUGUCUGCAUCGCCGGUGGGUUUACCGGGGAAUAUGCCCUGCGACCGGCGGGCAAGGAGGGCGCAAAUGUGGAGGGGUAUGUGACGACCAAUGCCAAUGGCAUCACCAACCACAUUGAUAUCGUCCCGAGCCGGACAAGUCAUGCUCCGAUGGCGAUAUUUGCGUCGAAUGACCAGCACCUUCGCGUGCUGGAUUGUGAGACCAACACUUUUAUUGCGGAUCACGAGCUGUCGCGAGCAAUCAAUUGCACCGCCACGUCCCCCGAUGGGCGAUUGCGUGUGGUCAUUGGGGAUUCCCCGGACGCUUGGGUGGUGGAAGCAGACACAGGGCGACCGGUGCAGCCGCUCCGUGGUCAUCGCGAUUUCGGCUUCGCGUGCGCAUGGUCGCCGGACAUGCGACACAUCGCUACAAGCAACCAAGACAAGACUGUGAUCAUCUGGGACGCCCGCACCUGGCGAAUCUUACAAACGAUCGAGUCAGACGUAGCAGGGUAUCGCUCUGUCCGAUUCUCCCCGGUCGGUGGAGGCCCCCGAACGCUGCUACUGGCCGAACCGGCGGACCGGAUUGCCAUCGUCAAUGCGCAGACGUACCAGACUCGGCAGGUCCAUGAUUUCUUUGGAGAGAUCGGCGGAGCGGACUUUUCACCGGACGGCAGCACGAUCUGGGUGGCGAACACAGACGAGCACUUUGGCGGGUUCAUGGAGUUUGACCGCCGGCAAUGGGGCCAGCCGUACGGACCACGGGGGCUUCCCAACGAGUGGAUACGUGAGGCGGACCUCGACGAGGACGAGCGGUGUGUGCUCAGCGAGCGGGAGCGACAGAUGAGGUUCUGGUGGAAUCUGAGCGAUGAAGAACACGAGACAUUACUGCUGUAG